AGUCGUCCAAGGUGCUCUGACACGAAAGCUUCUGUAGAAACCGCUUAGAAACCACGUUUUGAAGAAUGAGACUGAAACGAUUUCUCCUCCGAUACUACCCUCCAGGUAUCAUUCUGGAAUAUGAACAAGGAGGUAAACUGAAAACCAAAUCCAUAGAUCUGCUGGACUUGAGACCAGAGACGGACACUGAUGCUGUUGUUGAUGAGAUAUCUAGAAAAGAGCCUUUGAUAACAGCUUCAAAAGCGGAGCAAGUCCGGAAACUUAUUCAGCGCCUCCAGGAAAAGCUCGCUCAGAAAGAUGACCAUCACUUCUACCUGUUCAAAGUUCUACGAGCACAUAUUCUUCCGCUGACUAAUGUGUCAUUUAAUAAAUCUGGAUCCAGCUUCAUCACUGGAAGUUAUGACCGUACUUGUAAGGUGUGGGAUACAGCCUCUGGGGAAGAGCUACACACCCUGGAGGGACACAAGAAUGUUGUCUACGCUAUAGCAUUUAACAACCCCUAUGGGGAUAAGAUUGCUACAGGAUCUUUUGACAAAACCUGUAAGUUAUGGAGCGCAGAGACCGGAAAGUGUUACCAUACCUACAGAGGGCACUCUGCUGAAAUUGUGUGUUUGAGUUUCAACCCUCAGAGCACUGUGGUGGCCACGGGCAGCAUGGACAACACUGCCAAACUCUGGGAUGUGGAGACAGGACAAGAUCUUGGCACUCUAGCGGGCCACACUGCAGAGAUUAUCUCCCUUGCGUUCAACACGACUGGCACUCAGUUGAUUACAGGGUCAUUUGAUCACACAGUGUCAGUGUGGGAUGUGAGAAGCAGCAGACGUAUCCACACUCUGAUUGGUCAUAAGGCUGAGAUCAGUAGUGCACAGUUCAACUGGGACUGUUCCCUAGUGGCCACAGGCUCCAUGGACAAAACCUGUAAAAUCUGGGACACCUCUAACGGUCGUUGUGUGGGCACCCUGCGAGGACACGAGGAUGAAGUACUGGAUGUAGCCUUUGAUUUCACUGGUCAGCAUUUGUUGACAGCCUCGGCAGACUCCACCGCGCGCUGUUACAACGCUACCACUCAUAACCUCGUCUCCAAGUUUGAGGGCCAUGAAGGGGAGAUCUCCAAGAUAACCUUUAAUCCACAAGGUACGUCCGUUCUCACUGCCAGCUCUGACAAGACGGCCAGACUGUGGGAUCCAGAGACGGGGAAGUGCAAACAGAUCCUGGAGGGUCACACUGACGAGAUAUUCAGCUGUGCAUUUAACUAUGAGGGGAAUACCAUUAUCACAGGAAGUAAAGACAACACCUGUCGCCUGUGGAGAUGAGAGGUGGAACAAGUGUAAUCAAACCUGUUGUCAUCUGUCCGUCAAUACGAUGUCCAUGUUGAUGGAACAUCAACUGUCACUCUCAUUUCAUCACGGUUUGAGUAAUUGAAGAGAUGAUUUUUUGGAGUUUCGUGAGACAAAGGUUCAGUA